UGUACAUCUUGGUUGCAGUCAUAGUCAACGUUUAACGAAAAAUAUGUGUGUAUAUAACCUAAAAUAAAGUAUUAACAUUUAGCUGUGAGAAAUUCAUGCAAUUACAAACAAUUGUGUGAAAAGUACAUUUCCUUACACUGUUUAAUUAAUAAAACAAUGCCGAAAUAUUAUUGUGAUUAUUGCGACACGUAUCUAACGCAUGAUUCACCAAGUGUAAGAAAAACUCAUUGUCAGGGUCGUAAACAUAAGGACAAUGUCAAAUAUUUCUAUCAAAAAUGGAUGGAGGAACAAGCGCAACAUCUAAUUGAUGCAACAACAGCAGCAUUUAAAGCUGGAAAAAUUGCAUCUAACCCCUUUGCAGCAAACAAGGGAGCAGCAAUUCCACCACCACCAAACCUUGGACCACGUCCUGGUGUACCUCCUCAGGGUCCACCAGGUAUGAUGCCACCACCAGGAAUGCAUCCUGGUGGCCCAAUGGGCCCUGGAGGUCCAAUGAUGAUGGGACCACAUGGACCGAUGCCUCCAAUGAUGGGUAUGAGACCACCUAUGAUGGGACCUAUGGGACCAAUGGGACCAAUGAUGGGUCCUAUGGGACCUAUGGGGCCAAUGAGGCCACCGAUGAAUGGACCACCACCACCUAUGGGAGGACCUCCACCAAUGAAGAAGUAAUAAAGAGAAUAAAUAUAAUUUCUUAUUAGUUUAAUUGUAUCGAUAUAAAUGUAAUUCAUUAAUCAUAAGAAUAUUUGACUGAUACGUAUGUACAUAUAAAAAUAACAUAUUAAAACAUAAAUUUCAUU